AUGAUGAAUCACCGCAUGCUCAGCAAAGAAGACGAAGCCACAGCCGGCAGCGAAGAAAACGAAGUCCGGCGCGAGGACCAAGAAAAGAUCAAUCGGUUCAGCCGUCUUCAUCAGCGCGAGUCUGUGCUCGAGGAGCAGCUCAAGGCGAAGCAGAAAGACAAGGAAGAUCUAGAGGAGAUUUCGACCGAGCUCGAGUUGGCGGAUGAGGAUGAGUUAGUCCCGUACAAGGUCGGCGACGCCUUCUUCCAGCUGCCGCUGGCAGAUGCGCAGUCUCUUCUGGCGUCAUCGACGGAGCAGAUUGAUUCGGAGGUGUCUAAGCUGGAAGAGACCUUGGGAGAUGUACGGGAGGAGUUGCAGCAGCUCAAGGUCGCGCUGUACGCGCGGUUUGGACGGAGUAUCAAUCUGGAGACGUAG